AUGGCCGCCCGAGUCAUGAUGUCCGCUGUUCGAGAAGAGGCCGCCAUGGUGUCGACCGAGGCUCUGGCCGCUGCCCGGUCGACCGUUACAACUGAAGCUGGCGCAGUGACGCGCCAGGCUGCCGAAGCCGCGUUCAAUCCCUUGGCCGCUAAAGAAGCAGCCGAGGCAAAUGCGCGCAACGUCGUCCACACCACUGAAAAGUCGUUACUGGAAGCGAUGGGACGAGGCUCGCCCGUUCCGGGGCACAUGGGGACCCCGAAGAUGACUUCGUCGACGUCCACCGUUGGAAACACGAUUCUCGGGGAAGUCGGUGCCGAGGCAAGCGCAACGCUUAGGGAAACCACAGUGUCCGAAAGCACAAUUGUCGGCAAGGUCUUGGAGCAAGAUAUGGGCGUCAGUGUGAAGGAGGCUAUGACGAAUGCCGGCGAGACUGGCGUCCAGGCUGUCACAGAGCAGGCAGUGCAGGUGGCCGAAGCAGUUCUCGACGGUAAGUUCGCCGACACCGGCAAGGCUGUUCUUGCGCUCAAGGAGGGCGCCCCAAAGGCGUUCUCGUAG